AUGUUUGAAUUAGAGUGGAAGAACCUUGUAGACAAGUAUGGCCUUCAUAAUAACAAGUGGAUUGCAGAUGUAUAUUGCAAGCGUACUCUAUGGGCUGAAGCAUACCUCCAUGGACAUUUCUUUGCUGGUGCAAAAAGCACGCAACGUUGUGAGAGUAUGAAUGCAUUUUUGAAUCGAUUCCUAAAGGUGCGCCUAAGGCUCUUUGAAUUUGUAAGGGCAUAUGAUAGAGCACUUGCAAGACUUCGCCAUAACGAAGCUAAGGCACAAUCCGAAACUGAGAAUACCACUCCUAUUCUUUCUACAGGUAUGAAAAGGAUUGAAAGACAUGCUGCUGAUAUAUUUACUCGUGCCAUAUUUUUCAAAUUUUGCGAACAAAUAAAAUCUGAGCAAGUGUUAUUUAUGUCAGGAAAAACUGAUAUAGAAGAUAUUCACGUAUACUAUUUGUCUAUGUAUACACAUCCAGAAUCCACAUGGAAUGUACAAUAUCGGCUAAGUGAUCAUGCCAUGAAAUGUUCUUGUUUGUAUUUUGAAUCAUGUGGAAUUCCAUGUUCCCAUAUGGUAUCAAUCAUGAAAAUGGAGCAUUUGAAAGAAAUUCCCUCUAGCUGUAUAUUACAAAGGUGGACAAAAAAUGUCAAGUCUUCCACUUUACUUGGUAAGACCCCUUUUCCAGAAUGGGUUACGCAAACAACACGGUUCGGUGCAUUGUCAAGUGCAUGUACUAAGAUGUGCUAUUAUGCUUCGCACUUAACCAAUGGAUACGAAGAAGCUAGAGAUGCAGUGACAAAGUUAACAUGUCGAAUGAAAGAUUUGUAUGUCCAACAUGUUGAAGGAAAUGGAACAAAAGGAAAAGCCAAUGUUGAAGGGGCAUGUUUACAUUUUGGUGUUGGUGAUCCUCCCUUUACAAAGACGAAGGGAAGUCGUUCUGUUGCAAAUGAUAAGUUUUCAAAGCCAAGAAAAUAUGGUCAUUGCAGAGGUACUGGUCAUACGAGGAAUAAGUGUCCAAAACUAGAAAAUGAGAAUAUCGAUUCUUUUCCUACACAAGAUACUUAUGUAUCAGGGGCAAGCAUGUUGCACCAAGAAGGUGGUUUCAAUGUCGACCUUACUUUUACUAAUAGUGACUACAAUAUAAUGGGAUAUGGUUCCAAUGGGCACCCUACUUUUGUUAGAACCGACUACAAUAUAAUGGGCUGCGAUUCCAAUUUCUAUCCUAACUUUGUGGUACGUACAUGCUCAGAAACUCCUGACAGCAUUUAUGGCCGUGUCGUAGGACGGACAAUUGACUUGUCAAAGUGA